CCACAUCGGACGUCGUCGAAUUGGACCCUCUACAGACGGCUCGUCACAAUACGCCGCUUCAGUCAGUUUUGCACGGUCCGUGGUUGUAAACGGUCUAUGUGGUGCGUUCCCCCUCACGAUUCUGGGCAACAAACAUGUGUACAACGAGGGCAGCGGCGACAGUGUCAACGAAAGGGUCGCGCAAGGCGUGAAAAGGGCUCGUCUGAAAGUGGGUGACGAAGUCAGGGCUGCGGCUCCCUCAUGGGCCGACUUCCCGGGGGCCGUCCUUCGGGCUGACCACUUGGAGAGGCCGCGGACAUAGGACAUGGCCUUUAGCCUACUCGCGGCUUGGACCACCCUGCUGUGGCUUGCCUCAGCUACUGGCUUAGACCCAUCGGGUCUUCUGUCGACUAUAAAUACAACGCGUCAAACAAUUGAUCUUCUGGGUGCCUUGGGUUUGCCUAACACCAACUGGAGUGGAGUUUCACGAACUGAUGGUCCUCAGAGAAAUAAACCGGCCUAUCUUUUGCAAGGCGAUAAUAGAAAUCUGAAACUACCAUCACCAGCCUUCGAGCAAGUGUCAGAAAUGCUUCGCCGAAGUCCCGAAUUCACGAUCAGCGCCUACUUAAAACAGGACAUGGGGAACACGGGAAUCAUCCUGAGCUUCGUCCAGGGCUACAACAGAUACCUGGAGCUCGAAUCGAGUGGUCGGAAAAACGAAAUCCGAUUUCAUUAUUUGUCGAAAGAAGAUAAUAAAGUGCACGUAGAAACUUUUCAUUAUAAGCUAGCGGACAAUUUGUGGCAUCGUAUGACUGUGACUGUUAGUGGCUCGGUUGUUGAGCUUUUUGUGGACUGUAAUAGGUUGUAUAAAAGACUUUUAAGGCCGGGAAAGCCGGAUCGUAACUUUACCGAAGCUAAGCAGCUUUGGUUAGGACAAAGAAAUCGCCUUUAUCAUUAUAAGGGUGCAAUGCAAGACGUGCAAUUUAUAGCCGGUCCCCAUGGGUACCUUUUAGUAUGUCCCCACCUGGACUCCACGUGUCCGACCUGUGGCCAGUUCUCGCUGCUGGAGUCGACGGUGCAGGAGCUGACGCGGCAUCUUCAGGAGCUAACCGAAAGGUUGUCCGCCGCCGAAGGACGCAUCUCGGGGGUGGAGAAGUGCGACUGUCCUAUCUCGUGUCACAUCAACGGCACCGUGCACGCAGAUGGCGCCAGGUGGCAAAGCGGCUGUGAUUUGUGUUCCUGUGUGCAUGGAACGGUUGAAUGUCGAAGAAUUGAAUGUCCGAAGCCAAUGUGCAAGUAUCCUGUCUUGAAGGAAGGAGAGUGCUGUCCGCAGUGUCUUAGAAGCUGCCUCAUGAUUGAUACACCGUAUGAUCAUGGUGAAGUAGUGAGUGUCACGAAGUGCAUGGAUUGUGAGUGCAACGAUGGAAGUAUGAACUGCAAGAAGAUAAACCCGGAAACUCAAUGUCCGAAACUGACAUGUCCUCCAGAGCAGAGAUUCAGUGUGGCAGAUAACUGCUGCAAGUUUUGUCCAGGUGUUGACUAUUGCGCCAAAGGUCAUGUUUGUCAUGCUAACGCCACCUGCCUCAACCUACAGACUACAUAUGCUUGUCAGUGCAUUCAAGGGUAUCAAGGAGAUGGCAGAAAUUGUACUGAUAUCGACGAAUGUCAACAGGAAGGUGGUCAAGAGGGUCACCACUGCCACCAAAAUACGAGAUGCGUGAAUACACCAGGAUCUUAUAUCUGCGAAUGUCUGCCAGGAUACAGACGGAUAGACAAAUUCAACUGUGCAGAACUGGACGAAUGUCAUACUGGCGAGCACGAGUGUGAUGUUAACGCUGAAUGUAUCAACACUCAAGGCAGCUACCACUGCAAGUGCAAGGAAGGUUAUUCCGGAGAUGGAUACAAAUGUGAACCUAUCUGCGAGCAAAGCUGCAUGAACGGAGGUAUAUGUAAGAAACCAGGUAUCUGCGCAUGCGCCAACGGGUACACAGGACCUAGUUGCGAAAGAGAUUUGGACGAAUGUGCCACCAAUGCCCACAGGUGUACAUCUUCCUCUAGAUGUGUGAAUAUGAUUGGAUGGUACUACUGCACAUGCAAAGAAGGGUUCAAAGGACCUGGAUCAGACAAUAAUUUGGGCACGCUGUGUACAGAUAUAAAUGAGUGUGAGGAAGAAAUCGACAGCUGUCACCCAUCAGCAACGUGCGUCAACACUCUUGGUGGCUUCGAAUGCAGGUGUCCACCCCGAAAACCCGAUUGUAGAUUAAGUUGUUUGUUCGAACAGACAGAAAUAGAUCACGGCAAAACGUUAUCCCAUCCUAACGAUCCUUGCACCAAAUGUACCUGCAACCGAGGUGUGAUAAAAUGCGAGAAAGUAUCCUGUAACUGUUCCAUACCUGCUAAGCAAAAUGACCCCUGCUGUCCGCAGUGUGAUUUGAGACAAGCAUGCGCACACCAAGAAUUGCCAGGAGUGGAUCUCAUGCACGGAGAAAAAUGGUCUUACCAAUGUCAAUCCUGCGAGUGUUUGUACGGGGAAACUGACUGUUCCAAUUUGGAAUGUCCUCCUUUGCUCUGUUCCAAGCCAGUGCAAGGCCCCAACGACUGCUGUCCUCACUGCGAAGAAGAUCAGUGCAUGUGGAAUGCAACUGGAGACGGAAGAGAUUGCAACUACAUUAGCAGAAGUUAUAAAUCAGGUUCAGAAUUCGUUGAUCCGAAUGACCCAUGCGUUACAUGCAAGUGUAAGGUGCCGUUCUGCGCCGAACUGGUGAGCAAUGUCGCGUGUUGUGUGCAUCGGACGGAUCAAUUUGCUGCAGUUAUAAUCUCCAUUGCAAUGACAAUGCAGUCGCAGUUGGAUUUGACGGAGUUACGGUCCCUUCGUCCUCUCCUCAGCAGCACAAAAUCGUCGGCUCCACGCAGAUCAGCACUAGUUAUGGACAGUAUAGUUCGUCUUAUCGCUUGGAUAGUAGCAGUGUCACCAGCACUUACCAGAAGAAGUCAGAACAAGCUGAGGGAAUUACUGUCCCAUCUGGGGGCUGAAUUAUCUUACGUACAGAAUCGUCUUACAUUCCUGGAACCACUUGUGCAAUAGUUACGGCCUCUGUGCAUAUAAGCACAACUUAAAUAUUGCCAGGCCUCUAACCAAGUGUCUUCCUUGUUCCACAGUUAGCUUUGUGUGCUACUGACUUGCUUGUUUCUUUCAACGAUAGCACUGUAUUACUCAUAUACAAUUAACUAAUGAACUUGAAAAUCAUCAUUUAAAUUCAGACUACCAAGUUACUUAGGUCCAUGGUAUAAAUCUCCUUGAAAACCCCUGGAAGAGCUUCAAUAGCGCCUUUUUUACGAAUAUUCCUCGAACUGAAUUUUUAUAACAAUUCGAUUCUUUCCAAAAGUCUGCAAAUCAAUAUAUGCAAAACUUGAAAGAAUCACCUCAAAUAACUAUUCAACGUAAAGUUUGCCUUUUAGGUCUUGAUUCACUGAAUUAAUUGUAUUAGUUUUUAAUGGGAAUUCAUAUAAUUAUGCCUAAAAUAAGUACAUUGAAGUGAUAGAUCUUAUAAAGUUAUGCAGAUGCUUUAAAAGCUAUUAUUGUCCCUACAAAUGGAGCUUGAGUAGCCGUAUGUUGCAGUUGUUGGAGUAUUAUAUAAAUGUUAUAAACAUAUAAUUGAAAGUAGAACUACUGGUAUACAAAAUAUAGUAUUAACAUAUAAGUAUGACGCUCUCAACGACAAAAAAUAUAAGAUGAAUUAUUCCCAUUCUGAAGAAAAUCCUCAUUGAGAUUAUUAUAUUUGUGAAAAAUUUUAAUCAUCGAAGACUGCGCUUUUGAGUGAAGAUAAAAUAUAAUUGAUAGCAACUUUUGGAUUUUUGUGAAGGUUAGAGAUAUAAUUAAAAACUGAAAUUUUUCUGACAAAUUGAAUUUUUACUCAUUGAUAUUAUUUUAAAUUUUCCCAAAACUACUUCAACUCUACCGAAUAAUUAUAUGAUUUAAAUUCUCUUUUCUAUAAUUUUCCGUGAUAAGUUUGAUUAUUCAUUCAUUUUCAAGUUCUUAAUUGAGACGAGUGAAGUUUUUAAACAAGUUACCUAACGAGCUUUUCAGAACGAAUUGUUGAUAUAUUGUGAAAGAAUUUUGGAUUUUUAAAGCAUAAAAUGCGGAAAAAUAUCAUUAUAUAAAUAUCAAUUUUCGGAUCUUAUGUUGAUUAAUCGUUAAAUGUUGCAUUACUCAUUCGACUAGAACUUUGUUAGGAGUUUAGAUAGAUAUGAAUAUAUAGAGAAAAUACUAUAAUUAGACAUAAGCACGAAAAGUGUUUCAAAGACAUAGUUUUAUAGCUGAGAACUCAAUUAAUAAACUAAAAAUUCACUGUCAAUUUUCCUUUGAGCUGUAAUAAGAGAAUGCGAAGUUCAUUCAAAGCUCAAGGAUAUCUUAAUCCUGAAUGGUGAUAUCAAGUCACAAUAACUUAAUUGGUACUGAAAAUAUCAAAAUCUAUAAUUAUGGCAUCGAUGUUGUCUACAGCUGUUUCAAUUUUGCUAUUGAAAUAUCCGUAAUUUUUAUAAGAAUAUAUACAUUUUAUGCUAGAAGCACUGUAAGUGUUUUUGAGGAGUAGCCUAAAUUGAGUAAGAAAUAAUUUUCAUAGACAUUUCAUUUGGUAGUCUGUUUUAAUUUUUUAUGAGCAUAAGUAAAAUCUCUAGUCAAAUUGAGCUUGCUUGCAAUUCGGGAAAAACAUUUAUUGCAAGCUACAUGAAGUCUUAUACCUAAGUAAUGGAAGCAUAUCUAGCCACUAAAAAAUUAUUGCAAUAUUAAAAUUGUGAUAUUAUCAAAUGAGACUAAUAAUAACCAUUAUAUGACAAUUAGUUCCUGCAGUCUAUCCCUUGUCAAAUGUCGCUUACGGCAUGAUUUGAAUACUUAUGUAUAAAUACUUUUGAUUCUACUUAUCAAGUUUUAUAGGGCGUUGCAUAUUAUUGAUUGCGACUGAUUGCACUAAUGUUGGCAAAAUUCGAAGGUUUAUCCUCCUCAUAUUUAAAUUGUUAAUAUUAUUGUCGCCCAGUUACUUCUUGAUUGAUAACAAACUAAUGUAGAAAACCCAAAAUAAUAAUUUACCUCAAUAUUAAACCGUUGAAUAAUUCAUUAAAUGUAGAAGUUGUAUAAAAUAUAGAACUUAAAAUCUGAGCUUCAAUUAUUGAUGUAUUUGUCACCUUUGAGAGAAACGAUGAUGGGUAAAGUCAAAAGUAUAUCUGCUUAAAAAUGAUAUAAAGUUAUGUAAAUACCUAGCACAAAUAAAGCAUUGAAUUUUUAGGGCAUUGAACUUGAGGAAUUUCCGAGGAUUUGCUAAUUGCUGAACAACGAAUGUUUGGCAACUUUUCAAGUAGAAUUUUAAACAAUUGUAUAUUAAUCUUAUUUUAUAUUAUUUAUUUUUAUCCGAUUGUGGAUGACGCAGUACCUAUUUCCCAGAUUUUUUUACAAAAAGGUCACUGUUGUACAUAAUAUAUCAUUGCUGAAGUAUUAUAUUAGGAAACAUAGGGAUGUGAAUGAAUUGAAAAAAAAAAUUUAGGAAAACUUUAUCCCACUUUCAGAACACAGUUACACAAUCCAAUUGUUUGAAAGCUUCAUAUUCAACAAUGGACAUUGGAUUUCAUGAUUUCUUGUAACUUUAUCGGAAAUCUCCCGCUAAUCAUUUUCAGCCUCUGAAAUUCAUUUCAAAUCAUUUACUAUUUUAUUGAAUUUAUUGAUCAGAACAAUGACUGUAUAAUCUGUUGUAAAUGAAUGUGUGCCAAUCAUUAUUACAAAUAAAUGA